AUGCCACCUAAGAAUGACAAUCUUGUACCUUCGACUACACUGAAGCGGCGGAUUGAUAUGUUGGUAGAUGAGUUGUACGCCAGUGAAUCGAGGGAUGGAGUCACGAAUUUGGAAAAAGUUCGACCGCUUUUGCGGAAUGUUCUGGCCACAGCCACGAAAGAGAAAUGUCGCAACGACCGAGUCCUAGGUCCUGAAAUCAAGGCGGCGUUAGAGCAGGCAGCCAUUCACAAACACUAUGUCCUUCCCGAGGUCGAAGGCACCACUUUCGAUGCGACUUUCAUGAACCAAUUUCCCAAUCGGGUGGAAUCUACAAACAACAUGUUAGAGGGCGGAGCAGGGGACAGUGGUGGGCGAAAGCGAGGAAACGACAAUUCACCGGACCAGUUGAGGAAGAAACCUAAAGGAUCCCAACAGCACCAAGAGGACAAGGUGGAAGAGACGAGCUCAAACCCCGCAAACCCCGCACACCAUUCGGUGGCAAUUCAAGGGCAUGAACAACCUGCGCCGUUCUCAGGUGGAGGGAAUUCGGAGGAGAGGCCGGGAAAGCGGGUAACAGGCGGGGGAGCAAUGGAAGGUGUACAGGGAGCGGGUGGGGGGGCUGGAGAGGCUGCGGAGAAAAAUGGAGAUGCGGAGGAAUUGGCGAAAGCCGUUGAAGGAGAGGUUGCGCGACCAGACGACGACGUGUCCAUGGAUGAAGAACCAGCCGCGUCUACGAUGGGGGAGGAGGCCAGAACUAGUAAUGAGGCUCACCCCGAUACAAUUCCACCAUCCACAGACAAUACCGCAGUUGGCCAGUUCGGACGUCAGCACAAGUUGACUUACGCGUUGCUGUACGAGUGGAAGUUAACAUCUCAGAAGAUCGAGUCGUUGGAGAAGCGGAAGAAGGCGAUUGUGGAGCUUUUCGGGUCGGAUCGCUGUGACAAUUGCUCAGCGGCUGGUGUGACGGGGAGGUGCCUUCGCCCAGCUUCAUUCUCCUGUCUCAGAUGCAACGCCAUUCACAGGGCGUGUGUAUUCCCCAACGAUGGAGUACGAACCACUCAUAAGCCGAAAAGGCCUGGUCGUGGUGGGAGGAAGAAAAGCGCUGCGACCGUCGAGUCCUCGGAGGAGGGGGAAGUUGAGGAACAGCCAGCCAGCAGGAACACGAAGGCCAAGGGGAAGUCGCAUUCGAGAUCGACCAUCGACGACUCAGUAUUGGAAGUCCCAAAACAAAAGGGCCGAGCGUCCAGUCGCGAAAAGAGUACCAGCGAACCCAGCAGUCGAGCGAUGUCCCAAAUCCCAACCAUCAAAAUUCAGCCCCAAAGGUUCACUCGGAGUAGCACGGCGAGUAUGACGGAGGGGAAUGGUUUCCAGGGCCCUACAAUUGUGGGUCAGAGGGAAGGGGGUACGUAUCACCUCUACUCUACCCCAGCAUCUUCAAGACACGUCUCUCCGUAUCCUGGCCAAAACGAAGUCACAGUCAUUGCCGAUGGACCGUCUCCGCUACAAGAUGGUCCCCUCAUUGCGCUCGCUUCUCAACUUCGAAGCGAAAUUCGCCAGGUCGACUCCCGGAUUAGCUCGCUGGACUACAGUCUACUUCAUGGGGAACAUCUCGGCAUGAUUUCUCAACGGUCCUCCCUCCGCAACGAAUUCUUGAACCACGAUGACGAAUGGAAGGAGAAAGUCGAGCUGCACAUCAACAAAACGAUGUCCGCACUUGAGCAGUGGAAGCUCGGUGCGGUUGUGGAGAUAAAGUCUCAAUUGGAGGAGGUGAUUCGGGGGCAAUCCACAGAUCUUUCGAACUCCAUUGAAGAUCAAAUCUCCGCACGGAUCAACAACUUGUUUUGUCCCAGCCAACUCCGGGGAACGAUCUCCGAAGCACUUACCAACUGUCUGUCAACUGAAUUUCAAGCCUAUCUCACCGCUCACAAGGGUUUCUUCCACCAACUGAUCGAAGAAAGGUUGGAUCAUGGGCUGCGGGCUUUUAUGGAUGCCGAGUUGGACAACCGGGUACGGGCGAUUGUAGAUGAGAAGGUUAAAGAAAGGCUGGUGCGAGCCCCUGUUGGACCACUGGAGGCAUCCCCCCAGACUCAGUCAGUUCUCGACGAGAUGGAAUCUCGUACGAGGGUCAUCAUUGGGGAAUCCAUGAAGCAGUACACCCGGGUGCAAGACAACAUCGAGCGUUUGGAGACGAGAUUCCAGCGUGCGCUAUCGACUAUAUCGAAGGACGUUGCAGGCCAUCAGGAAUCAUUGUUGUCCCUUUGGAGGGACAUGGAACCUUUGAAGCCAUACGGUAAUCCCUUGAUGCAGCUGCUUGGACAACUGGUCACAUCCAUGCCCCAGCAUCGUGAAAACUCCGCACCAGGUAUCGCAGGACCCUCGACACUCCAUCCCCCCCUCUUGUUUGAGGAACAACCCCGGCCCCAGACUCCCAGCUCCAGAAACCAGGACUUCAACCUCUCUUCGUUCCUCCAAAGCACCCCGGCGGUCCAAGGCAAUCUCUCUACGGUCCAAUGGGAACAACCCCUCGGCUUUGAGCACUCCCUGGACGUGAAUUUCGAGACAGGGAACUCGGCCACAGCGACAUCUGGGCUUCCAUCCAUGUCCGAUAGCAUCCUCAACGACCGCAUCCUCUACUUCCAGCCACCCAAACAGCUCAUCAACCGAAUCAGCAUCGAACGAAUCCCAUGA